AUGAUUUUUGCCGAAGCUGUAACAAUAUUAAUAAUAGUUCUAGCUAGGAGAAGAUGAUGAAUAUGUUAGACUUCUAAAAAUAAGUUUAGGAAUUAAAGAAGUUUCUUUCAACUUAAGAAACAUGUAAAUUAUCACAGAUCAUAACAUCUUAAAAUCAAGUUUCUAUUUAUAACUUAUAUUAAGUGAUUUGUUCCUAUCCUUUCUAAAAAGCAAGUAUAGGAUUGUUGAUGUCUGCUUUCUUUGAUUAUUUUAAACAUAGGUUAUUCCUUUAGGCUUUUUAUAAGGCACUGUAAGAAGUAAGUGAAUUAUAAGAAUACAGAGAAUUUUUAGGUAAUAGAAACUCCAGAAAUUUGAAGAUGACAAUUAAGUAACAAAAUAUAUAAUAAAAUCAUAGUGGAAAUGUUAAUAAGAUUAUUGGAGAAUAAUAAAAAUAAGGAUCCAUUCCAUUUUCUAAAUAAGUUAUAGAGAAAUUGAUAAUAGCUAAAAGAUUCGCUUGUUCUUAUUUGAAGAGAUUCUUUUAAUUGGCAAUUGAACUUAAUAUAGAUUUGGAAGAGAUGUCAAUAAUUUUUAAACAAUUCAUAAUAAAUACUCGAUGCCAUAAAUUUUAGUAAUAAUUGAUUGAUUAAUUCUUUGAUUGCAAAUAGAGUAUAUUUUAUAAUUUUUCAUGGAAGAAUAAAUAAGAUUAAGAAUUAGAUGAUUGUAAAAAUAAGUUAAUAAUAUUUAGUUUGCAAUAAAUGGACUAUUGAGAUUGCACCUUAAUGGAUAUUAGAUAGAAAAUAGUCAAUGUCUUCAUUUAAUUAUAUUGGAACAGAAAAGUAAAUUAAAACAGAAUAAGAUGAUGAAUAUCUAACACCAGCCAGUAAAGUAGAAUCUGUUGCUGAUUAUGUUGAAAUUAUGCAAAAGAUGAUCUGUAAACCUAUUGAAAUGGUUAAUUAACAUGAUCUACUUCAACUACAUAAUAAUGACAAUAUUGAAAUACUAAUCAAAUUUAUAAUAAAUCCUUUAAAAACAGAACUUAUAGAUGAUUGGGUAUUAUUUAUAAUAUUAUAAUAGGGUCUACUUUUUUAAAGGAAGGAUAUAGAAAAUGAAGAUUAUAAAAAUAUAUUUAAGUCUACUACAAUACAUAUGGAUUAUCUGAAUACAAUUAGAUCCUACAAAAGUCUAUAAUUUUUGACUUAAAAGGUAAAUCAUUCUAGAUAUUAUUUAACAAUAUAAGAAAUGAUGCCUAAAAUAUGUAUUAUACAAUAUAUAACUUAUAGUUGAAUAAAUCUUAGAAAGCCUUAAUAACGAGUCAAUUUAAUUGAAUUUAAAUCAUUUAGCUAUGUUAAUAGAUUAAUUAUUAAUCAUUUGUCCAAAAGUUAGUAUAUUAAAGAUUAUAGAAUUGGAUUUCUUAUUCCUCUUCUUGUAAUAUUCAAAUAAUACAUAUAUUGAAUCAUUGAUAACUGAUAUUUUAGAUAUAACUAUUGAUAAAUACAAAUUUGGUUAUUAGAUUUAAGAAUAAAUUUGGACAUACAUUAUAGAAACAAAAUGGAUAGACUUUAUAAAUAAUAAUAUCUUUUAAUAAAAUCUAAGUAAAUUAACAUUUCCAAUAAUUUAACAAAAUUAAUAGAAAUCAAAAAUCAUAAAUCUUCUAUCAAAAUUUAAAGAUGUAUAGAAACCUAUAGAAAUUGUUAGAAUAAGUAUAUUAGAUGAAUAUAUUGGACAUUUAGGAGGUUCAUAUAAUUAGUAAAAUGCAGAUGAGCAUAUAUAAUUACCUGAAAAUUUAUCUUAUGCAUAAUUAUUAGAGUAGGAUAUAGAUGCAAUUAAACCAUUUUUAGAUGAUAGAAGAUUAAAAAAUUCUAGAAAUUAGAGUAGAAAAUAAAGUAGAAAAACUGAAUCAUAAUUGAUAAGUUAUCAAUCUACACUUAUUUCUCAUAAUCGUAAUAUUACUUUAAAUAUACCUUCUCUUCCUUCAAUUAAUACAAUAAAAUCAAUAUCAACUGUUUUUAAUGACUCAAAAUAAAAAAGAGGAAGUGUUGAUAAAUAUGAAAAUAUUGACAAAACUGUGAAUUCUAAAACUUCAUAAUUUAUAUUAAGUCUAUUAUAAAAUUCUAGAUUUUCAUUAUCAUCAGAUACAGGAUUCUCAAGUAGUAAAUUAGUAAUGCUUUAUCCUUCAAGUAAUCAUAAAGCCAAUCCAAGUUAAUUUGAAUUAGAUCAAUCAAAAUUUUAGUAUAAUACAACCACAUUUGAAUAUCUUAUAAACUUAUUAGAAAAGAUAUUAAAUAUCAUUCUAAUUUAUGAAAUGAGAAAACCAAAUAAUUAAGAAAAUUAAAACUUUUGCAAAUUGUUUUUUAAUUAAGAAUUAGUAUUUUCCUUAUUUAAAUUUUAUUUAUAUGAAAUCAAUUAGAAAAAAGAGUCAAGUUUCUAAUGUGGUAGAAUUAUUAAUUAGAUAUACUAUCUUGCUAAAAGGCAUGGAAAUAUUGAAUAAUAAUUAAUUUUAAAGGAUAUCUUUUUUUAAGUAAUAGAAUACAUGAAUAAAAUAAUCAUUAACAUAAAUAAAUUAAAUUCUGAUGUAAAUAUUAUUGAACAAUUUAUAAUGUUUCAAACAAUUAAAAAUGGAUUUGAUAUAUAUGAACCUUAUGAUGUGACAAAAUUAAAUAAAAAUAUAUACAAAUUCUUGAAUGAAACAGUCAUCCAUUUAUACAUUAUUUAUUUUUUUAAAAGCAAAUAAAAUACUCUAUAUCAAUAUUAGUUUGUUGAAUUCAUUAAUUUAAUCUUUGAAAAAGCUCCUGCUUACCUACUUUAAAAUAUAUUAUUUAAUAUUGGAUUAAUUAGUUCCCUAUAUAAUGCCUAUACAACCUUUUAUUCAAAUGGCUUUAAAAGCCAUAGCUAUAAUGAAAGUUUAUUCUAUUAUAUUAUUAAGUUGAUAAGAUUGAUACAUAAUAAUUUAAUUAAAAGAGAACUAAAUGUUAUUUUAAGUUCAUUAUAACCACUAGAUUCAUGGAAAUGUUUAAUGAAAACUAUUCCUAACAAUUAGUUUAUAAAAGAUAAAAAAUUAAAAACUUAAGAAGUAGAAUUAUAAAAAUCUACUCUUGAUUCUUAGAGAAGCAUUAGAUAAUCAAUUUUAAAUGAAAGUCAUACUUCAAUGUCUCAAAUAACUAAUAAUAGAAAGUAUUAAUUAUUAAAUUAUGUAUCUAGAAAUUCAUAAAAUUAAUCAACUCCUCAAAAAUUUAGAGCUAGAAUCUAGUAAUUUUAAUAAAAAAGUAUAUCAGGUCAGUCUUCAUCCUAAUUAGUCUACUGA